UGAAUGCUGCUUUUUCAGUUAGAUAUUAGACACUGAUAUUAAUGUAUGGAGGAUUUCAACGGGGGGAGACAGCUAAUGUUAACUUUUAGUCUGUCGCCGCCAUUAUACCACCGAAGAAGCGUAUCCCGCCCUCCUUCUUCGGUCUUUUCUUCUUCUUCUCCUUGGUACCAGAAAGCAGCCAUGGAGAGUUCCUCAGUGUACAUGUGCUUCCCCUGCUACCAGGAGUUCAACACUCUGGAAGAGGUACUGAAGCACCAGUUGACGUGUACUGCUGAGGAUGAACAGACAGACACAUCAGGAACCAUCCCUAUCACUGUUCCAGCGCUACAGACUCAGCAAAAAGUAAUAAAUAUAUCGAGGACAGUUGCAGUCCCACAAAUUCAAGUCCAAGCAGGAGACUCCUCUGUGCAACUUGAUAAGAGUAUACUCAAGCAGGCUUCAGUGAGUGCAAAGCUGUCAUCAGACCAGCCCAGAAUCCUCUACCAGUGUGGGGACUGUGAUGAACUUUUCAAGAGCCUGGACCUCUGGCAGCAACACCGUAAAGAAGAGACAUGUCAGCAGUCUGCCUCUGGGAGCAAGUCAAAACCUGAUUCACAACCUGAGGCAGAGACCUCCUUAGCUCAGAGCUCCACUUCAACCUUAAAUCCAGAUGAUUCUUCUCUCUCGAAGAGUGAAAGUAGCAUAAAUCUUAAGCCAGAACCUUUGGAGAAACCUGUAGCAGAGGAAGAGACGCAGCAGGAUACAGAGACCUCUACAGCUCAGUGCUCUGAUCCUCCCAUUUCUGAGGCGGCCUCUUUGACCUCUAAUCUGGAAGAUUCGUCUCCCAAGAAGAGAGGGGCAAACAAAAAGCCUAAGCCUGAACCAGUCCUCCUAUGUGUGGACUGUGGCUCAUGCUUUGGCCUGGUCUCUGAACUAGUGGCCCACCGCAAGACCCAACACGGCUUUGAGGAAGCUCUGCACCGCUGCUCUGUGUGUGGGGAAAGCUUUCUAAACACUACACUCUUUCUUUACCACCGCAAGCAACACAGACAGAAAGGUGAGGAAAAGGUGGUAGUGGUUCCUGAAGCGACACCAUCAGAGGAAGUUUGUACUCAGAGCAAUGGGACUGGUGAGCAGGGGCAGGAUGCCACUCCCUCCACUACCAGUGUCACCUCCACUUUCGCACAGCCUUAUUUGUUUAUGUGCACCCAGUGUGGGCAGAGCUUCAGUGAUGAAGAAGGACUGGUUGCCCAUCGUAAGCAGAAGCACGGCCUGAAGGAGCCACUACAUAGUUGCUCCCAUUGUGGCGUUAGCUUCAUGAACACCACCCAGUACCUGUACCAUCGCCGGGAGCACCUCUUCACAUCAGGGACAGAAGUGGCGGAUGGAGCUGAAAGUGGUGAUGAAACAGCCACUGCUAAACCUCAGGAUACCCCACAGAGCUCGAAGCGGCUGCUUUCCCCACCUACCUCCGCCAGUGAUUCAGUAUCAUCCCUUCCUAAGAGAAGUAAACCCUCUUUCAGGGUCCUGAGCAUUGGUAAUGCACUCAAAGGAAACAAGGGUUCAGGCACCAAAGAGGAAAUGGAGGGCAGCACUGCAGCAGACCCAGAAAACACCAACCACCCUCCACCUGCUAAGCUGUUGCAGGACUGGGCCCGCACACCUUUACCCCAUGUUUGCCCCUACUGUGGCAAAACCUUCACCCGACGCGUCUUCCUCCGCACCCAUGUGUACAGCCACACUGGAGAAAAGCUCUUCACGUGCAAGGUGUGCACAAAGUCCUUCACUAACUCCCAGAGCCUACUGCGCCACAGCAUGAGCCACACGGGCAACAAGCCCUUCAGCUGUGAUAUUUGUGGCAAAAACUUCUCCCAGGCAGCCACCCUGAAGAGACACCAACGCAUUCACACAUCAACACAGCCUCGGCGCAAGCGUGGACGAAAACCGGUGUGUACUUUGGACAACGAGGGAGCUGCUCAUCUUUUUCCGUGUCCUCACUGCCCCUCACGAUUCAACACGGAGGAUCAGCUUAACCAUCACAAAUUGCUCCACACCAGCCAUCCGUUCCCUUGCCCAGAAUGUGGAGAGGCAUUCAAACGCAGGAAAGACCUCGACCUGCAUUCGCUCACUCACCAAGACAAGCAGCCAGCGAUGUGUCCUCACUGUUCAUCCCAGUUUGUGAACCAGUCAGUGCUGGAAAUCCACCUGCAGCGUUGUCCUACCACAGACGAGGAGAAGAAUGCUGGCCGUGGACGGGGUCAGGGCCGGGGACGCUGCACUGGACAGAUUGAGUGUGACCUAUGUGGCCACCGUUGCAUGACCCAGGAGGGCCUCGACCUCCAUCGGUUGUCCCACACUGGCCAGACACCUCUCAAAUGCCCAGUGAGGCCUUGCCGCCGCCGAUUUACCUCCAACAAUGCCCUGGAGGAGCAUGUGCUGGCACAUUUCCAGGGAACACUCAGCAAGUCCAAAAACCGACCCCGCUUCCGCUGUCAGAUUUGCCACAAGGAAUUUGCCUACAAUUCCACCUUCAAUGUUCACAUGAGGACACAUACUGAUGAGAGGCCCUUUGAGUGCACCACAUGUGGAAAGCGUUUUCGCCAGCUACCCCAUCUGCAGGACCAUGAGCGCAUCCACAGCGGCCUGCGGCCUUUCUGCUGCUGGAUUUGCGGCAAGAGUUUCAGUGUGGCUGCCCGUCUCACAGAGCACGCCCGUACCCACAGUGGCGAGAAGCCCUACCCGUGUCCCCACUGCCCUGCUGCCUUCCGCUCUCGCUCGAACCUGGAUAAACACAUCCGGCUACAUGGAGAUCUGCCUUUGGAAACCGCUGAGCAGGUGGCACAAGCAGCCGAGGCAGCCCAGGUCCAGAAGGUGCUGGAGGGGGCCAAGGUGCUGUCUUCUCUGGCCACCACAGGGGAGGUUGAUCCUGGCUCAGUGCAGACGAUCUAUGUACUGCAGGGUGCCGAAGGAGGUACUGAGACGGUCAUGAUCCCGUCUGAUCAGCUCAGUGGCAUGGAGGGGACCUCACAGGUCGUCAUCCUGCCGUCCUCUGUUCUAGGAACUCAGGCCAUUACUGUUCCCACUAUCACCGUGGAUGGCAAUGAAAUCACCAUGGUGGAGACUAGCCAGUCACCUCAGCAUACCAUCGAGUUCAUUGUGGAGGAGACUGUAUGAAGACAGAUUAGAAACUACUGUGGACAGCGCAGCAUGGUAGAGAGAGACUGAAAGAUUAGUUGAGAAUAUAGACUGUUGAUGGAUAUGCAGUUACUACCUUAUAUUACUACCUUAUCUGUUUAUAGUUUGAUAGGUUUACAAACCAGUUUAAGCAAAAGUCCCAUCCUGUGAAGUAAUACUAUUUUCCAACUUUCCUUAAGCAAAAAAUUAGUUUAAUAUCAUUGUUGAAGCUGUGUAAAACUAAUGAAUUAAAGGUUGAUACACAGAUGAAAUUCUCAGGAGAACAGAAUGUACCUAAAAUUAGUCUUUCAAACUGAUUGAAAAACAGGUCGUAAAAUUGGCCCUCAAUUGUAUACAGACAUGUGUUUACAGCCCCUAUUUAUUAGGGGAAGACCGGUGUUGGCCCAUGAAAUGUCUUCUGCUUUCUUUAUAAUAAAACGCUUCAGCUUUCA